CCGGCUCUUGCAAGCGAAAACAAGUUUUUUUGAUCAGAAAAUUUUUCUUUCAGUCCUUGAUCACUAGUAUUGUGGCAAAGACUUUCCCAAAAUUUUGGGGCCUGUUUUCACAAAAGGAUCUUGUCUUCAAUGAGCAAAGGUUACUAUGUAAGUAUAUGCCGAGGUAUCAGGCUUUUAGUAGGAUCGGUUAGGCAGCAAUCGUCUGUAAAGCGAAGCCGAUUCAAUCUGUCCGAUUCUGUCGUGAGCAGUUGUGAUUUCAUGCUUACACAACAAUUUUUUCAUGACAUUGUAUUAGCUCUGUUCUGUCCAAAGUGAAGCUAGAUGAUAUUAGUUGUAAAUGGCCUUGAUGUUCGCCGAUUAAUCGUUCUCGAUUUCGUUUCUAGCUCUUCGGCUUUCGGAGCAGAUUUCAGAAGUUUAUGGAGUACUUCUUGAAAGACAGUGGAGAAUUUUGCCAAGCUCAACACGAGUGAUUUACGAAUUGCGAUUGCCCGUUUUACUUGCGAUACGAAUGGGCUAAGAAGAAACGGCGAGGGCAGAAGCGUAACUUAGAAGAUAUAAAGGACGGUGAAAAGCGAUUAGAGUUUGGGGACUUUUUGGUAGAAAUUUUGGGUUUUAAAUUAUAAGCAUGAAGACGCCAUCUGAGACGAAAGUCGGUGGAAUUCUUCCUGCAACGCGACGAAGCACGCCCAGCGUUCCGGCGGUCAUAGAGUACAAAAAAAUGCGAUUUAUGAUCAUGGACAGGCCUACAAAUGCGAAUCUUAAAACGUACAUAGAGGUACUGUUAAAGUUUUAAACCCAGCCUUGUUUUCGAAUGUGUAUACAGUGUGCGAAUUUCGCGAUGAAAUUAAUUUCGACAUGCAUUCUUUUGUGCUGUGUAGGAAUUGAAAAGACGCGAUGUACACGAUGUUGUACGAGUCUGUGAGCCAACUUACAAUGUAGAGCCAUUGAAGAAAGAGGGAAUUAGCGUUUUAGUAAGUAUACAUCGUAUUUUGAGGCGAAACAAUACUUCAAAAUUAAAAAGGUUUCGGUUUCGUACGCCCUUGCGUGUCUUUGAAUGGGCCGAUUGGCAAUUAGCUUUUAUAAAGCUCUCAGCUCUCGCUAAAAGAAAUUUGUAAUGAGCCAAGUAUUUUAACUUGAAAUAUCUCGUAAGUGAAUGCUUUUAAGCUAAUAACUAUUCACAAAUUCCUAAUCGGUCUCGGGGACGUGAAUUCAGGAAAAAUAUAUGGGAGUUUUUUUCCGGUAUAUAAAUUAUUCGUCUUCGAUAUACACAUGUUGAAAAAGGCCGUAGAAUCAUGUCCGAAUGAAAUCUGAAUAAAGGCAAGCAUUAUAUGUAAUGGCUAGUUUUGAUGACUAUAAAAAUCUGGCCAGAGACUUUUUGUUUGAUUUUUUUUCAAAAGCGGAAGAGAAUAAACUAGACAUGAAAUCUGAGAUCAUUUUUAAAUGCCUUAUAGCUAUUAGGCAGGUCUUGUUUUCUUAGAGGUGGGUGUUUAUUAAAUAUUGCCAAUGUGACAUUUUACAGUCCUGGCAACAUUGUGUUUUGCAUCUAAGGAUAAACAUUUGCAUUCUCAGAUGAAAAUAUAAUGUUUGUAUUAUAUCAAGCACAAAAACAGAUGAAGGGUUUCGAUAUUAGCCCAGCCGAUCGGCUUGAGGCUGGUAACAUGUGAUUGGCCGAUCAUAUUAUUUGUUGGUUUCACAUUUUGUCGCCUGUUGUAUUUCAAUUCCAUGGAAUAGCUGGAAGCGAAACAGUGUCAACGUUGUCAUUUGCCAUUUUUCAACAUACAUGCGAAUAUAGAAUAGAAUUUUGAAAAUUUUAAGUAGUUCCUCUAUUCUCUUUCACUUUGAUCAAUUCAUAAAUGUAAUGACUUCCUUCAGCAUUCUGGGAAACAUGUUGAAAAUUGUGUGACAUCUUGUUUUGCAAAUUGGUCAGUAUUGUGAUUGCUUAACCUGACCUACUUUCAGAGUAGAGUCUUGACUAGAGUGGGAUUUUACUUUCUUUUGCAUAUUUUGAGAUUUUAAGGCCCUGUCACACUAUAAUACAAUUUACCGAUAAUUAUUUUAAAAUCGUCCACCUGAGCAAUUUCUUUUCAUUUGGAUGAUAAUCAUAAUUUUUUGACAAUUAGCGUGUGUUUCCAAGUUGUUGUGUAAUGCGACCAGGCCUUUAUUCUUUUCUCCAGCUGUGUGCUAUUUGCAUUGGGAUACUAUUUCAACCCAUACAGAAAUGUUUUGUGUUUAUUAGUUAUAUUACUGAAAAAAAAAUAUAUCUCAACCUCAAGAACAGCAACUAGAGACAAACAUUAACCUAAUGAGUGGCAGCACUCUCCACUUGACAAGUAAAAUUGUCUGACAGAGUAAAAUACUAAAGUAGGGUGCAUCAGGGUGCAUUGCCACUUAAAGGGUUAAUUAAACAAAUAUGCCGAACAAAAUCCAUCCAGUGUCAUGUAAAAAAUGACUAGACAGGGUCUGAAUUUUACAGUGCUCAGGAGCACUUAUCCCGAUAUCCACGGGAUACUAAAAUUUGGUUUUGGGUACCAAACUGUAAAUGAUUUAUAUCCCAACUUUAUACUAAGAUAAUUUCAAAUGUUAGGGAAAUGUUUAGCAUGCACCCAAGCCUUUCCUUAUAUUAUGUGCAUUUUUUUUUCAUUAAUGACUUGUCUAGUUGUUGACCGUUGAAUCUCCUGUUGUUAUUGUAAUUUGUAACAGUGAAAGUGACAGAAACUUAUUUGGAUGGGACAGGGUAAAUUAAAUGGUAACCUGAGUAUCCAGAAGUGGGAUACUGGAUUUUGUUCCAGUUGGAUACUGAGAAAAAAAUUUUGGACCCCUGCGAGAGACAACAUUAUAUUACCAAAAUGUUGACACUUGUGUAAACAUUGUGUACCCAGUGUUGUGUAAACAGGACCUUCUGUUACAUGUUUGUAAUUUCAACUGACCUAUUUCUGCUGUUUUGCCAGGAUUGGGCAUUUGAAGAUGGUGCAGCCCCACCAAAGACAGUGGUGGAAGACUGGUUGGAACUUAUCAAAGUGAGAUUCCAUGAUAAAACAGGAUCCUGUAUUGCAGUGCAUUGUGUUGCAGGACUAGGAAGGUAAAUAUUUAACCCUUUAUGUGGCAAUGUGCCCAACUUUAUUGUUUUACUCUGUCUAACGCCAGACAUUUUCACUUGUCAGGGGAAGAGUGCUGUCACUUAAUGGGUUAUAAUGAUGCUUUUAAUUGUCAAGAGCAGAGCGCUGGCACUUAAUGGCAGAUUACUUGUCCAUGUAUCUAGAUAUCUCAUUAAAUUGCAUUGCAUCCUAAUUAUGCUCCCUAAUUCAGGGUCUGAUAUUUGCAGUAUGCUGAUAUCCAUGGGAUACCAAAAAUUUGGUUUUGGAUACCAAACUGUGAAUGAUUUGUAUCCCGACUGGAUACUAAGAAAAUUUCAAACAUUAAAAAAAUGUUAAACAUAUUUGACCAGCUCCUGAUAGCUUUUGAAUACCAUACUAUCAUUUUACCACCAGUAUUUCCUCAUUGAGGACUAGCAUAUAGAAGUUUGUUAUGUGCAUUUUACGGGACGGGGUAUGACUAUCAAAUGGUACUGCUAACCAUUAUGGUACUGCUAAACAGUAUCCAGAAGUGGGAUACCGGUACUGGAUUUUCAGGGGAGUACUAAACUUCGAAUCCUGGUAUCCCAGUUGUAUACUGAGAAAAAAUAUUAUAUAUUUCAGACCCUACUAAUUUGUUCUGUGACUCUGUCUAAUACCAAGGGGACAGCACUGACCAGUGCUCAAUGGAUGGGUUAACAUGUCCUUUUGGUCAUUCGCAAAUCACCCUGCCUUAGAAGAUCAAACAUAUUAGACGAAGAAUGGGUAUUGUCAUCUAUGUCAGGUGUAUGUACCACAGAAUACUGCCAAAAUUUACAUGUUCCAUAUCUUUUGUCUAAUGUAUAUAAUAUGGUUCCUUAACAUUUUUUAGUAUAAUCUAUCAAUAUAUUUUUCCUUCCUGGGGUUUUUGCGAACUUAAUUUUAAACAUUCGGAUUUUAUAGGCAUUAUGCGAAAAAAAGUACCAAAAAUAUAGAAUGUUACUUUUUGUUAAUCAUUAUUUUUAAGAUUUUUUAAGAAAAUAUACAUUUUUUGUUUUUAUAUGUCAAUUAAGACUAAAACUAAUAUAUAAUCACAAAAAUAAAGUUUAUAGCAUAUUUCCUUCAAAUUUUAUAUAAGAAAUAAAUAAAACUGGUAUUCUGUGGUACCGUGGUAUUCUGUGGUACAUACACCUGUUAGAACAAAUUGAUUUCAUUUUGGUCAGAUGGAUGAGAAAUGUGCAAUUGUUUGUCUUGCUUUGCUGGGCAGAGUAAACUGAAUAUGUGAUUAGUCUAUUGUAAUCCACUAUUCUACUGUACUCUCUAGUCGUAUAAUUCUGUCAAGUUACCUCAUAACUCUUCCUCCUAUUAUAGGGCACCAGUCUUGGUUGCAAUAGCAUUAAUAGAAGCUGGAAUGAAAUUUGAAGAUGCUGUAGAUUUGAUUAGAAGGUAAAUACAAUGAUCAUGUUCAUUUCAUCAAUCGGCAUCAAAAUUUUUGCACAUGAAACGUGUCGCCAGUUAAGCCUUGAUGUACCUUGUGAUAUUGUUUUGCUCUAGCAAGGAGAGAGACCAACAUCACCCUAGGUCUUAUUCAAAACCACAAAAUUUAGUUAUCCUGUUAAUUUAACCCUUUAACUGGCAGUGUACCCUGAUGAGUCCCUCUUUAUUAUGAUCACACAUUGACUAAUUGCUUUGCUAAAUUCCUAGGCAAAGGCGUGGUGCUAUUAAUGCAACACAGCUAUCAUAUCUGGAAAAGUAUAAGCCGACAAGACGUCUUAAGGUGAAGGAACCAAAUGGCUGCUGUGUGCAAUAAAUAUAUUUUACAUGAAACAGUAUAGAUGGAUUAUAAAGUGUAUCCAAAAAUUAUCAAAAAGAAGGCCUAUUUUCUAACAUGAAAUUAUUUUUGACAAAUAGCUGUAUUUCAUAGCAGUGUGUAGAAUUAAUGAAUUAGUCGAUUUUAGAAAUAUCGGGUCUUCGAAAACCCUGCCAACCCUUAGUAAAUGAGGUACUAGAUAAAUUGUUGGUAGGACUGAUUUUUAACAAGAUGUAUAUGAAUUAAAUUGAGGUACAAAUUCAGUACAUGACAUUGUAUACACUAAUUUAAUGGAUUAAUCUGUAGUGUAUUAUAAAGUAAAUUAUGGGAUUCAUGAUAACUUUUUUAACCUAGAGUUGCCAUCGCUUAUACGAACAAAAUGGUUUAAAGGUGUAUUUUGAGGUGUAUUUUGCCAAGUGAACUCGUGUUUGUUGUAUAAUUAUGGAAAAUGUCACUUGGUAAAAUAAAAGAUAGUUCGUCUGAAAAUUCACUUGUGUGUAUAAACGCAGAGAACAGACCCGCCCCAUGUUCGCAUUUAUAUGAUACCAUUUGGUGUGCAUUAGAAUACGUUGCGCGCCAUUCCAGUGAGCUCAAUAUGAAUCUGGAGUAAGAACUUGAGUGCAAAAAGCGAAGCCAAAAAUGGCAGAGAUUGACGUCCAGUGCAUGACAAUUCCCUUCGGUUAACACGAAGCUGCGAGGAGUGCGAACUAUAAUCGUGUUUUGACUUCGGUUGAAAGAGUUAUGGUUCUAUGAUAACUUGAUUAGAUACGUGGGGAAAAAAACUGUAUUUACACUCUAAAUUCGAAGGAGUUGAAUCUACUCCGAAAGUGUUGAUUCUGUCACCAAAAAUGGUGCCUGAAUAACAUGGUAUGAAAACUGGUACGAAAACGGUAUUCGUCUUGGCUUCACAAACACAAAUGAUGUAAAAUAUGCCAUUCUCUCUCUUUCGUGCGCUACGUCAUGUUAUUAGGACAAAAGAGGAUCGGAGAAAUAGGGACUUGGUCUGUUUGCUCGCGUUUAUAACCAGAUGCAUUCCGAAGAACUAUCUGUUCCAAAGUUCGUCCGGACGGUUAAAACAUCAUCUAAAGCCUUGUUUUCUGUGUAAACAUCAUCUAAAGCCUUGUUUUUCGACAGAUUUGCAAGAAAUGUUUGAGGAAACUUAGGCCUGUUUCAAACGUCGCGCUUUUCAUAUGCCGAACGCAUUAAAAACAAUAGAUAAUCAGCUGAAAUACCUCAUUAUCUAUUGUUCCCAAUGCGUUCGGCACAUGAGAAGCGCGACGUUUGAAACGGGCCUAACUUCUCCAUCAAACCUCUCUUGCAGUACAAAUCCUUCAAAAAUUAGAAUUUCCCCAUGCAAAAUUCUUACUGUGGUCAUAGAAACUUUGUUGGUGUAACUGACCAGGCUUUGGGCCAAUCAUCAGACCGAUAUCCUAAUCUAUACGAAGGGCAAAUAUAGCAAUACAUGACGGUUUUAUGCGUAUCUCGCGUGAGGUUUUCGGUAUAGGAAAAAGAUUUUAUCGUAAUUUUUUUAACAGAAAAUUUGGGUCCCUAUUUUUUGAACAUGUCCAACUUUUAUAUGGGAUUUAUAGGUGGUGGCAACCUCAGUUAAUUUCUAAGCUUCAAGAAGAUAAUCGCAUGUGUUCAUUGUGUUAAAUUAACUAUAUAUUAUACAGUAGCUAGUACUAAUGGCAUUACUCGAAAGAAAUAGAAAAUAUUAUUAUUGAUCAAACAUAAUAAUUCCAAAACCAGCUUGUGUUUGCAUGUAUUGCAUUCGAAAGCUAAAAAUUAGAAUUAACCCAAGGAGGCGUUAUUGAAACGUCUGAGGCGAAAUUGGUCCUUUGGGCUAGGCCAACCGUAGUCCGAAGAACAGACGAAGCCGAAGGGCUGUACACUGUGCUUUCUUCUCCAAAAUUCCACUGUCCCUGUCGUACAGGGAAUUCGGAUCGUAUUUACACCAGAGCAAAAGAGUUUGAAUGUUUCAAUACCAGACAAUUUAUAUUGUCGUUUAGGCACGCAACGACGAAUAGCAAAUUAUACGUUUUGAACUGUAUCCGUAUUAACUUUGAAUCCAGAAAAAAGUAGAGACUUUGCGAGAUAUACUUGGACGUGUGAACGAUUACCUCGACGAAUUCAAACCUUUACCCGGUGGCUUUUAGAAUUUAGUGCUUUCACUCGUCUUAAACUUUUUUGAGCAUGUAUUAACAGAGCCACUUCAUACUAAUGCGAUAAAUGUGAACGCUCGAAUCGUUGAAACUACUGUAUAGAGAAUCCGAUUUUUUUGCUCUAGACGUAAAUAGGGUCUCACAUACACAUUGUUCUCAAUUAAAUUUUGGCUAGCCUCGAAGCGAAUAUUUUUAUGAUUUUCGCUGUACUAGAAAAUGCCCUACUGAGUUAGGAACAAUGUGAAAUGUAGUCCAAUUUUUAAUGCUUAUAGUAAUUCUUAACUAGAAUAGUUUUUAAGUUAUUGUAUUUAAAUGUAAGCAAUAAAUUUUGCAUAAAACAUUUGCUGUGUUAUAAUUAAACUGUUACUAUGUUUACAUGAACAUGUCGUCUUCAAAGCCUGGAGGUCGCAAGUGGUCAGGAUCAGGUCUA